CCGAACCUCCGUCACUCCGUCACUCCGUCACUCCGUCCCUCGCCGCCGCCACCGACACCGCCGACCCUCAUAGUCAGUCCCUCGACGCGCUCGAAUAACCCACCGCAUAGUCGGUAAUCACAUCACAGCAUUCUACGCACACGCUCUUCUGCUCAUCUCACACGACCACAUACCUGUCUCGGAAUCUCUCCGUCCUUACGGCCCGGACUCUGGUUUCGGCUACCUACUUGAGUCAUACCCCAAUCCUUCAGACCGAUAAUCUGCGCCUCGCAGUCCCCGAGUCAAAAUGCAGGAAGACGAGCCGUCUUUGAAUAUUCCGUCCCUCCUCACGCUCGCGGUUGUCUCAUUCUUCGUGCUGCGAUGGUUCCUCAACCGUGAUGAGGGUUCUUCAGCUGGCGGCAGGCCCCGCGGGCGAGGAAAUGCCGUUGACCCGGCGCAGGUCGAGCAGAUCUCCCAGAUGUUCCCACAGCUAAGCACUCGGGAUAUCAUGUGGGAUUUGCAGCGCAAUGGGGGUAGUGUUGCGGCGACGACGGAGCGGAUUUUGACUGGCCGCGGACUGGAAACGCCACCACCAUCAUUCCAGCCACAGAUCGCCAUUCCCUCAGCGAACGCCCAAUCCACGCAGGCCACGAGAACUGCAUCGGCGUCAAAGGGAGUUGCGCAGGACUUGAUCUCCCGAUAUAAUUUGGGCGGCAAGAUUGCGGCCGAUAGCUCCGCAGAGUCGAUUCCCGCCCCAGUGUCUGCGAGCGCAUGGUCUCAGAAUAAGGAGGAGCGGCAGCGGUUGCUGCAGAAGCGUCGGGAUGAGAUGAUUCUCGCGGCGCGGAGGAAGAUGAUGCAAAAAGACCAGGGAAACACCCAAUGAACACAGCCGAUUUCUUCUCUAAAUAGUGGCGAUGUUUAGCUCACCCCGAUGUGCUGCGGCUCUGCUCAGGACCAUUUGGUCUUACAAGAUGUCCCCCUUGUCCAAUAUUGUGUCUGUUCACCUCUCAUCGCUGCGGUCUUAUUAUUACCAACCCUCAUUUUGUAUUCGAGCGCCUUAUCUUUGCAUGCUAUAUGGUGUUAGGUAAUUCGGAACAGCCUUGGUCUACAUUAGCACCGGUCCUUCUCAGAUCAGGUCAAAAUCGGGUAUUUGGGUUCUAUAUACAUAAAUAACGUUUCUCGAGUGGCAUUGAUCCGCGUCGCAAGAUGCACCUGAACUCCAAUCCAAAAAAAGCAAACAACAAAUCCCAUGC